AUGGCUGACAAGCGCAAGGUCGGCGUGCUCGGCGGUGGCCAGCUGGGCCGUAUGCUCAUUGAAGCUGCCAACAGACUCAACAUCCAGGUGAAUGUCCUGGACGUCAACAACUCGCCAGCGAAACAGAUAUCAGCGCAUGACGGCCACAUUGAGGGGUCCUUCAAGGACGCAGCCAAGGUCAAGGAAUUAGCGCAAAAGUGUGAUGUAGUCACUGUCGAAAUCGAGCACGUUGACACUCAGAUGCUCGAGGAAGUAGUGGGGCAGGUUGUCGUUGAGCCAAGCUGGAAGACACUACGCAUCAUCAAAGACAAGUAUGCACAGAAGCAGCACAUAAAAGAGCAUGGAGUCGAUGUUGCCGAGAGCAUUGAUUUGGAGGGGAAAGGAGCUGAGGGUCUGAAAGAAGUUGGUGCUAAGUAUGGGUACCCGUACAUGCUCAAGAGCAAGACAGAAGCGUACGAUGGCAAAGGCAACUUUGUUGUCAAGAGUGAGGACGGUAUCGAUGCAGCGAUCAAGGCGCUGGGAGGUCGCCCGCUGUACGCCGAGAAGUGGGCGGACUUCAGCAUGGAGCUCGCCGUGAUGGUUGUCAAGACGAAGGAUGGUGUCCUUACCUUCCCCACCGUGGAGACAGUCCAUGAGGACAGCAUCUGCAAGCUCACAUACACACCUCCCCGCAAUGUCGCCGCAACUACUGCUCAGCGCGCCCAAGAUCUUGCUAAGAAGGCCAUUGCCGCAUUUGAAGGCAAGGGUGUCUUUGGUGUGGAGAUGUUCCUACUGAAGGAUGAUUCCCUCCUGAUCAACGAGAUUGCGCCCCGCCCACACAACUCUGGCCACUAUACCAUCGAAGGCUGCGACAUGUCGCAGUACGAGGCUCAUCUUCGCGCGAUCCUAGACAUCCCAAUCAGCCAAGAAGACCUCCGUCUUAAGGAACCUUCCAUCAUGCUGAACAUCCUCGGCGCACAGAGCCCAGACUCCCAUGAGAAGACGGCACAGCGUGCCUACACAGUCCCCGGUGCCAAGGUCCACCUCUACGGCAAAGGUGACGCUCGCCCGGGGCGUAAGAUGGGCCACAUCACCCUGACAGCCCCGACGCUCCGCGAAGCAGAGCGCAAAAUCCAGCCGCUCAUCGACUUUGUAGACGAGCAAAAGGGUAAAGCUCUCGGCCCACGCACCGAGGGCCCUAAAGAAGAGCCGCUCGUCGCCGUCAUCAUGGGUUCAGACUCCGACCUGCCCGUCCUGAAAGCCGGUCUGCAGAUCCUCGAGAAACUCGACAUCCCGUUCACGACGCGCAUUACCUCCGCCCACCGCACCCCCGACUGGCUGCGUACCUUUUCCAAGAACGCAUCGUCGACUUCUGUCCGCGUCAUCAUUGGCGCAGCAGGUGGCGCCGCCCAUCUCCCCGGUAUGUGCGCCUCCUGGACCACGCUUCCGGUCAUCGGUCUGCCUGUCAAAGCCACGCACAUGGAUGGCUGGGAUAGUCUGGUGUCGAUGACGCAGAUGCCGCGGGGCGAGCCCGUGGCCACGGUGGGUAUCAACAACAGCACCAACGCGGCGCUGCUGGCAGUGAGGAUCCUGGGGGCGAGUGACGAGGCCGUCCGGGAGAGGCUGAGGGUGUGGAUGGAGGGCAACGAGAAGGAGGUCAUGCGCAAGGAUGGCGACUUGUUGGAAAAGGGAUGGGAGCAGUAUCUUACCAGCAUGAGUAAAUAG